AUGAGAGUCGGCCGAAAACCACGAAUUCAACCUCGUCUGACAAAGACACAGGCACUACGACAGGCGAGAAGUGCCACUGUAGUGAGAGAAUUUGAACAGAAAGAAGAAGCAGCGCGACAACCACAACCACAACCAGCCUUAGCAGGCCCUAGCAGAAGGCGAGUACCACUGCAUACUCCAGCCGAGCCGAAGAAAGUCGAGUUUGCCAGACCAGCUAUGACAAAGGCGAUGCUGGCCCGAGUAAAGCAUGCGGAGAAGUUGAAGCAGGAAUAUGAACGUAAACAAGAGGAAGCUGCACCACGAAGGCCAAGAAGGACACCUGCACCGAUCGGUGGUGACCCUAGAUUAGGUAGAGAGAGGCGACGACCUAUUAGAGCUGCCCCGACAGUAUCUCCGCCGAUUUCGCCUCCUAGACCAGCGAGAAGACUAGAAAGACGAAGAAUACCGGAACCCCCGGCUAUCCCCGAGAGAACCAGGGAAUUAGCGAGAUCCAUGAAUGCCCAGGUGAUCCAAGCCGAGCCAGUAGGCGAGGGCCCAAUUGAUAGCAUUGUGAUACCACCGAACUCGGUGGACGAGACUCGGACCACUAUCGUCAGCAUCCCUCAACCACCUUCGGUCAGCGUUGAAGCGGCGGUAUCUGACAUAGCGAAUCGUUCAAUUCAAGUGAUCAGUGAGACUCUCGAUGAGCAAGAAGCUGCUGAAGCGGUCGCAGUGCAGGACAAGUUGGAGGACUUGCAACAAGCGAGACGAGACUUUAUGAUGUCUGUGGCGAAUGUCGGUGGUAAUGCCGUAAAACUCGCAGAAGAAGAAAGACCUAGAUACAUUUACAAAGUUCCUGAUAUUGAGAGCGAGAUGUUCCGCGUUGAAUACGGUCGAGAACAUCCAGUCAUCGUGGCGGCACGCGAAUUCGUCAAAAAAAGUAUGGCCGGACUUAAGGCGCGUGAAGCAGCUCGCCGAGCUGAACAGGAAUUCGAGAAGUUAAUAGAAAUAGAGGAGCAAUUGCCGGAGAAUCUGCUUUUAGACAUACCUCUCGAGGAGGAGUUUUUACCUGAAGGUGAGAUAUCCUGGAGAGAAGAGGAAGACUUGUCUAAGAUAAAACCCACGAUGCGAGACGUAUCAAGGCGCGAGGCACGUUAUGAGUAUCCUCCAUUCGAACCAGAGGAGCUAGAGAGAUUUUUUGACGUGGAACAGUAUCCAAUAAGUCCACCACGUGGACCACCACCUGGUCGCGAGCAUCUCCCGCCGGAACUUUGGGAGCUAGAGGAUCCUUGGGUAUGGGGCGCACAGCCAGACAUAUCCGAUCUCAUUCGCUUCGAGAGCCCUUAA